AUGCUUAAUGCCGAAUCUGGAAGGUGGCUAACUAGGAUCACCAGCAUUGUCGCUGCAGGAAACGAAGGCGAGCAUGUUUCGAAUUGGGGUCCUGCCUCGAGUCCGAAUGCACUGACUGUCGGUGGUAUUGACGAAGACUGGAAAUUCUGGGACCUGUCCAAUUUUGGAGCAGCAGUGGACAUCCUAGCCCCGGCAGCGAAAGUUCUCACGAUUUCAAGCAAAUCUGACCAAACAGUGAGAGAGUCGGGAACUUCUCUCGCAACGCCGCUUGUUGCUGGUAUUGCACUCUCAUGGCUUGCGUUGGAGAGCUUCAGCAGUCCUCAGCACUUGUUCGACAGGAUCAAGGCUCUGGAGACUCUUGGCAGGAUUUCGGGCGUACCGGCUGGCAAUAUCAACUUGCUUGCCAACAAUGGCUUCUCCGGCUAG